ACGACUUUUCAUAUAAGUGACAAGUUUUAUAAAUAAUUUUCCAAUUCAAUAAUUAUCACAGAAUAAUAUCUAUAAAACCUUGGGUAGUCAGCUAUCUGCACGUCAUAAAUUAUUCAGAAUAAUGCUAUUUACAAUUAUAUUAUCAUUUAUCAGUAGUCAUUCGCUCAUUACUACGAAGUACUACUAUAAAAAAAAAAUAGUACUAUUCAAUAGGUACUUCGCUAGUGCAGUAGUGCAACACAGCAACGGUGCAACCAUAAAAUAAAGAUAAUAGGUUGAUAAUAGGGAGCAACUGCAAGUUUGCUGCAACAGACCGCAUUUCCGCGCUCGGCAUUCAACGGGCUACGAUUUAUUCUCCGAAUAUUUUAAAUUUUUCAAUACAUUAUUGGAUCCUGUUUUUAAUUCUAAAAUUGUUCCACGUGCAUUAAAAUUCUGAACAUGCUACCAACAGAUUUGAGCACUGAUUCUGAUGAUAGUUUAGAACAAUCUCCUAGUAAAAAAAUUAAACUAUCGGAUAUAAAUGAACAAUCAUCUAAUAGAGAUAUUUCAAUUGACAAAGAUAGUCAAAAUUCUAAUGAAAUUGAAAUGGACAAUUAUUUUGAUCUCAAAGACCAAAAUUUGAAUAAAAAUCUAUCUUCUGAAGUAUCUGAUGAUGAAGAUUAUAAUAUUAAUAAAUAUGAAGAUAGUGAAAGCGAAGAUUAUGUACCUAUUUCUGAUGGUGAAUUUGAGUUAGAAAAGUAUGUAAUAAAUGAAACAAAUUCCAAAACUAGUGAUAAUGAAAAAUCUAAUGAUGAAUCUGUCAAAGAUGUUGACGGUGAUGACAAUAAUUACAAAAAUAAUGAAAAAAUAAUUACUGAAACAUACACAUCCAUAGGUAUAGAUAAUGAUGAAGUAUAUGAUUUACUAGAUAAAGCUUAUGUAGAUAAAAAUAAAUCUCAUAAUGAACAUAAAAAGAAAACUGUUACUCAAGAUGACUUUAAAGAAUAUGAAAAAAUUGUGUUAGAAGAAGUAUGUAAAAAUCAUUUUGAUAUAUUACCCGAAAAUUGGAUUGAAGCCACUCAUAAAAGUGGCAUGCCUAUUUAUUUACACAAGAAAACUAGAGUUGUAACAUUAUCAAGACCCUAUUUUUUAGGACCAGGUGAUCCUAAAUCACAUUUAGCCCCACUGUCAGCAAUUAGUUGUUUACAAUAUCGAAAAGGUCUUGAGAAUAAAGAAAUUAUAAAAAAUGAACCUGAUUUUCAGGUUAGUAAACUUGGAGAUAUGAUUAUACCAAAUGCUAAAGUUGAAACUGCACAAGAAAAUAUAAUUAAAGAAUCCUUAACACAUGCAGAACUUCGGGAAUAUUGUCAAUCAAUAUUUAAGUUUAAGAUUAAAAGAGAAAAAUCUUCUUGUAAAAUGCUGGAAAAAGAUAAUAUAAAAACAGAAAUUUCUAGUACCACUUCAAAGAAUACUAAAGAAAGACCUUCACUUCCAGAUAGUACUAAACUAAUAUCAUUUCCAGUUCAAACUGAGGAUCACGAUAAACGAUGUAAUCGUCGUCGUGAAUGGAUAAUGAAUCCCAAUGGUAAAAGUUAUGUAAGCAUAUUACAUGAAUAUUUACAACAAGCAUUGAAAACCCAACCUUGGUAUGAGUUUAAAGAACUUGAAAAUACAGAAACACCUUAUUCUGCUACUGUUGUACUUAAUGAUGUCCAAUAUGGUGUCGGUGUGGGUAAUAGUAAGAAACAAGCAAAACUUAAUGCUGCUCAAGCCACCUUAGAUAUACUAAUACCGGAAAUGAAAAAUAAGAUAGAUUCAGAUAUCAAAAAUCAACGUGAUCCAGUAAUAUUUGAUCAAAUUAAAGUCACUGACCCUAGAAUUACUGAAUUCUGCGCUAAAACCACAGAACCUAGUCCAUAUGCUAUGUUACUAGUGUGUUUACAAAGGAAUUUUGGUGAAUGUGAAAUAGCUACUGAGUAUAAAUUAAACAAUCGUCGUAGGAUGUUAAAUCAAUGCACAAUGACGGUUGGUAAACAUACAGCUUCUGUUGCUUGUAAAAAUAAAAGGGAUGGCAAACAAAAAGCUUCUCAAGUAAUACUGGGUUUAUUACAUCCACACAUUGAUAAUUGGGGUUCGUUGUUAAGGCUUUAUGGUAACCGUAGCAUUAAGAAUGCUAAAGAAAAGAAACAAGAAGAGCAAGAAAUCACUCAGCUCCAAAGUAAAGCUGCUGUGAAUCAACCCAAUUUUGCUAUAUUAAAUAAACUUAAAGAAGAAAUGUUAAAAAUUAGGGACCAAAGAAAAUUAAAAGAAACUAAUGAAAUGUUAAGACUACCCCAGACAAUGCUUAGUACAACAUGUCCAUAUACUAUAGCAAUGCCAUCAUCUUCAACAAGUCCUAAAUAACAAAUAAUUUUGACUGGUUUAUUCUUCUCUGUGUUCAAUUUUAACAACCACUGAUUUUCAAUUAAUUGUAUUAAGAGGACACCAUACCCACACGUAUUGUCUUCAUCUUACAUACAACAUAGCAAAUUUUCAUUCAGCACCAUCAAUUUUAUGCUAUUAGCUUUAAUAUUAGAGACAUUAUACCUAUUUUCAAAUUUAUAUGUGAUUAUCCGGGGCAUCUCAUAGGGUUUUAUUGAUAAUUUAAUUUUUAAGUGACUCUUAGUUCUAUAAAAUAUUAAAACUUUAAAAUGCUCACAACUUACUUAAAAAAUUAAAAAUCGAAAUUCCCUAGAUAAUUGUAUCACCUUUAAAUUUGAUAAUAGGUAAAUUGACUCUAAUAUUAAAGCUAAUAGCAUACAAUUGAUUCCACAGAAGUAAAAUUUGCUCUGCUGUUUGUAUGCAAUGUGGCCUGUAUGGCAUUCUCUUAACAUAUCUUUCAAAUGUUGUGUUCCUAAUAGUAAUGUUAAAUAAUUAAUAUAAGUGAUAUAGUAAGGUAUUAUCCCAUACUACAAUUUAAUUGAUCAGUUGUUAACCUAAAAAUUAAUACUUUAUUUAUGUAUGCAAUAUUUAUGAUAAGAUAAUUUUGAAAUAAAUUAUGUUAAUUUGAAA